ACCAGCACCGACGGUGGUUUUUCCCUUGGACUUCCCGCCAGCAGGGUCGCCGCGGUUGGUUUCUCUCCACAGCCUUCCUGGCGGUGGAGGCGGCUAUCGGAACCGAAGUGAGCUAUUGACCGCAACAAGUACUUGGGGUCUACUUGGAACCAGCACGGGCAAUGUCGGCAAUGGAAGAAGACAGCGACACGCUCCGAAUACUUGUGGCCACCGACUGCCAUCUCGGCUACAUGGAGAAGGAUGAGAUACGCAGGUUUGAUUCGUUCCAGGCUUUUGAGGAGAUAUGCUCAUUGGCGGCGCAGAAGAAGGUAGACUUUGUGCUUCUGGGCGGCGACCUGUUCCAUGAGAACAAGCCUUCGCGCUCAACCUUGGUGAAGACCAUCGAGAUUCUACGACGCUACUGCCUAAAUGAUCUGCCGGUGAAGUUCCAGGUUGUCAGUGAUCAGACAAUCAACUUCCCAAACAGAUUUGGCCAAGUGAAUUAUGAGGAUCCAAAUUUCAAUGUUGGCUUGCCUGUUUUCACUAUCCAUGGAAAUCAUGAUGAUCCUGCUGGGGUGGAUAACCUCUCUGCUAUUGACAUCCUUUCGGCUUGCAAUCUUGUAAAUUAUUUUGGUAAGAUGGACCUUGGUGGCUCUGGUGUUGGUCAAAUAGCAGUUCAUCCAGUACUCGUAAAAAAGGGUACAACUACAGUUGCACUAUAUGGCCUUGGGAACAUUAGAGAUGAGCGCCUUAACAGAAUGUUUCAGACACCUCAUUCAGUACAAUGGAUGCGACCUGAAACUCAAGAUGGUAUGUCAGUAUCUGACUGGUUCAAUAUCCUGGUUCUUCAUCAGAACAGGAUAAAGACAAACCCGAAAAGUGCUAUAAAUGAGCAUUUCUUGCCGCGUUUUCUCGACUUUGUGGUAUGGGGCCAUGAGCAUGAAUGCCUUAUCGAUCCCCAGGAGGUCCCUGGGAUGGGGUUUCACAUCACUCAACCAGGCUCAUCGGUUGCAACCUCCCUGAUUGAUGGUGAAGCAAAACCAAAGCAUGUUCUUUUGUUAGAAAUCAAGGGAAAUCAAUAUAGGCCAAACAAAAUACCUUUGAGAUCUGUCAGACCUUUUGAGUAUGCUGAGGUUGUGUUAAAGGAUGAAGCAGAUGUUGACCCUAAUGACCAGGCAUCUGUUCUUGAACAUUUGGAUAAAAUUGUGAGAAACCUGAUUGACAAGAGUAGUCAACCAGCAGCCAGUGGAUCAGAGCCCAAACUUCCAUUAGUUAGAAUCAAGGUAGAUUACUCUGGGUUUUCAACAAUAAACCCACAACGGUUUGGUCAGAAGUAUGUCGGCAAGGUUGCAAACCCACAAGAUAUUCUCAUUUUUUCAAAAGCGGCGAAGAAGCGCCAGACUGCAGGAGAAAAUGUUGAUGAAUCCGAGAAACUUCGCCCUGAGGAGCUAAACCAACAAACUAUUGAAGCUUUGGUUGCUGAAAAUAACUUGAAAAUGGAGAUUCUACCAGUUGACGACUUGGACAUUGCAUUGCAUGACUUUGUGAGCAAGGAUGACAAGACGGCAUUCUAUGCCUGUUUGCAGCGGAAUCUUGAUGAAACCAGAAAGAAGCUGAAUUCUGAAGCAGAGAAAUUUAAAAUCGAGGAAGAAGAUAUAAUAGUCAAAGUUGGCGAAUGCAUGCAGGAACGUGUAAAGGAAAUAUCCCUCCGCUCUAAGGGAGACACACCAUUCACAUCAAGCUCUCAAAAUUUGGAUACUAGAGGUAAAUCUGUAGCAGGGGGAAGUAGCCUCAACACUUUUAGUGAUGAUGAGGACACCAGGGAGAUGCUUCUUGGUACCAGAUCUAAAGCAUCUGGAUUUACUAGGCCCUCUAAAGAUUCUACUGGUGCUGCUAGAGUUGGAACUUCCAAAAGAGGCAGGGGAGGAAAAGGCUCAAUGAAGCAGACCACUCUUAGUUUCAGCCAAUCAAGGUCAAGUGCUGCUAUUCGCAGUGAGGAGGUGGACUCCUCAAGUGAAGAAGCAGAGGACGAAGCAAAUUUAGUUGUUGAAAAUUCAGAACCCGAGGACAGUGUCCAGCAGACUGGACGGAAAAGGCCGGCUCCUAGAGGCAGGGGUAGGGCUAGAGGUACUACAACUGCAAAAAGGGGUAGGAAAACAGACAUCGCUUCCAUCCAAAGCAUGGUGAUGAGCAAAGACGAUGAUAGCGAUGAAGAUGACAAGCCCAAGAAACCUCCACCUCGGGUCACUAGGAACUAUGGAGCCGUCAGGAGGAGAUGAUUCCCAUGAAGCACUUGCUUUGGAGGAUUUAGGUGUUGGUGUCAGAGUAGCUGGCUUGUUUUUAUCAACUAGGCUAUCGGUCUGUUUGGAAGCGAUUACACGAUCUCGUGUACUGUUGGGUGUACCUUGUACACGCUUGGGUGUAACGGAUUUAUACGCUAAAUGCUGGUAGCCAGUUUUGUACAUGGCCUGCAUAUCAGCCAGUCGUCACAUACCAAUGUGGAUUUUGUUGUCGAUGCAGAUGGUGUUCUUCAAAAC